AAAAACUAAACCUGACAAAAGAGUCUGAGAAGACCGUGCGAAGGCUGUUGGUGUAGGACUGGAAGAAGACGCGUAAAGACGCUUCUCGCUCCGGAGGGAACCGAGUUUUGAUGGAUUUUAUGACAUUCCGCAUCGGACAAUUAUCCUGUGCUCCAGUUUCAGCCUCCUUCCACGUCCGUAGUGCCUGCAGACUUUCUGUUUAGUUGACAAGUGUGCAGCUCGGAAGCUCCGGGCAUGUUUUGCGCUCUGGAAGGAACUUGGUGACGGGGAGGAAAGUUUCGGAGAAAGGGGGACAGCGACAUGGUUUUCUGCGCUGUUUUCGAAGGAUAAGUUGCGUAAACUCGGAUUUCCUUGCAUGGCAUUAGACUGCAGCUGCAAAUCUGGUUUUGGAUAUGUGUGAUCAGAGUCGAUGCCGGCUGAUUGUGGAAUAGUAAGCUGAGAAAAGGCAGCGCCUCGAUUUUUUUCCUUCGUUUUUUAGCUGCAUUGUGGUGUUGGAAACAUUCCUCUCUCUCUGGAUUCAUCUCAUGCCCUCACCUCCUUGAUCCGUGCAUGUCAAAACAGAGAUCUCCACGAUUUUAGUCCUCUCUGCGUGAUGCUGCCACCACAGUGAUUGUGUGUUGAGGGAAAAUGUGCAGAGUGAGUCUAUUCUAGAAAGUCCAGGCGACUGGGUGAUUUCCAGAGAGUGACAGGCUGACCCCCACCGCAGCAGUUGAUGGUUGGGCGGACCCCCUCAGAUGGGAUCAGUGUCCAGGGGGAGGUGGUGGAGAAGGGGGUCAUGGGGAGCCCUGUCCCCCUCUGACGGGAUGGCCUUGUGGGUCUGGCUUCUGGCCGCCGUCUUGCUGUCUCUGCUGAGCGUCAGCGUGGCCCGGCCGCCCAUCACCGCCACCAGGGAGGAGGAGACCAGCGUGGAACCUGAAGAGGCGUCGAACAAAUACCAAAUUUUUAAGCCCAUGGUGUGCUCAGUGCACCCGGGCGAGGUGCUGAAGCUGAGUUGUCCUCUGCCGGUGACGGGGACCAUCACUUGGACCAAAGAUGGCGGCUCUCUGGGCACCAACAACCGCACACUGAUAGAACAGGAGGUGCUGCAGAUUCGUGAUGCCAUGCCCAAGGACUCUGGCCUGUAUGCCUGCACCAGCGUGGGCAAAGACACGGUCUGCUUCAUAGUCAAUGUCACAGAUGCAACCUGGUCGGGGGACGAUGAGGACGAUACAGACCGGUCAGAGGACACUUGGGCGGACAGCGUUCAGUUAAGUGCGCCAUACUGGACUUCACCAGAAAAGAUGAAGUACAAUUUUCACGUGGUGCCAGCUGCCACCACAGUGAAGUUCCGCUGUGCUGCUGGAGGAUAUCCUCAGCCAACCCUUCGUUGGCUUAAAAACGGCAGGCCUCUUCGCCAGGAGGAACGCAAGGGAGGAUAUAAGGUUCGGCACCAGUCCUGGAUGUUGAUCAUGGAGAACGUGAUGCCAUCGGACGGGGGAAACUACACCUGUUUGGCGGAGAAUGUGGAUGGAUCCAUCAACCACACCUACUCUCUGGAUGUAUUGGGUCGGCAAACAUUCCGGCCAAAUCUCCUGGCCGGUUUUCUUUCCAAUACCACGGUACGCAUUGGAGAGGACGCCCAGUUCCAGUGCAACGUCUAUGUUUAUGGCGAGUCUCACUUCCAGUGGCUGAGACUCAUCCCCAGGAAUGGUAGUCGUAAUGGGCCUGAUGGAGCCCCCUACGUCAAAGUGUUAAAGAGCUCAAACAUUCCCACAGACGUGGAGUUUCUCACCAUCACCAAUGUCACAGAGGAAGACGCUGGGGAGUAUCUCUGUAGAGUCUCCAAUCAUCAAGGGGAAGCCAUCCAGUCAGCCUGGCUGAAGGUCAUCCCAGAUCCAUCAAACAAAUGCCAAAUUUCUAAGCGCAUAGAGUCUCCAGUGCACCCAGGUGAGGUGCUGAAGCUUAGGUGUUCUCUGCCGGUGAAGGGAACCAUCACUUGGACCAAAGAUGGCACUCCUCUGGGCACCAACAACCGCACGCUGGUAGAACAGGAGGUGGUGCAGAUCCGUGAUGUCAAGCCCAAGGACUCGGGCCUGUACGCCUGCACUAGUGAGGGCAAAGACACAGUCUGCUUCUUUGUCAACAUCACAGGCGCGCCAUACUGGACUUCAUCAGCGAAGAUGGAGAAGAAGUUGCAUGCAGUGCCUGCUGCCAACACAGUGAAGUUCCGCUGUGCUGCAGGAGGAGACCCCCAGCCAAUGCUGCGUUGGCUUAAAAACGGCAGGCCUUUCCGCCAAGAUGACCGCAUGGGAGGAUAUAAAGUGCGCCUCCAGCACUGGACCCUGAUCAUGGAGAGCGUGGUUCCAUCGGACAAGGGAAACUACACCUGCUUGGUGGAGAACCGAUUUGGAUCCAUCAACCACACCUACACUCUGGAUGUAGUGGAACGGUCACCACACAGGCCUAUCCUCCAGGCUGGGCAGCCCGCCAACACCACAGUACACGUUGGCGAGGACGCCCAAUUCCAGUGUAAGGUCUACAGCGACGCCCAGCCUCACAUCCAGUGGCUGAAACACAUCAGCGUAAACGGCAGUCGCUACAGGCCUGAUGGAAACCCCUACGUCAAAGUGUUAAAGACCGCAGGUGUUAACACCACAGAUAAGGAGAUAGAGGUUCUCUACUUGCCAAAUGUAACUUUUGAGGAUGCUGGGGAGUAUACAUGCUUGGCGGGUAAUUCAAUUGGGAUCUCCUAUCAAACUGCUACUUUGACGGUGCUUCCAGCACCAGAGAAAUCUCCAGGACCCAUUACCUCCUACUACUUGGAGAUCGGAAUAUAUUGUGCAGGCAUGUUCCUCAUUGCCUGCAUGGUGGGCAUUGUGGUGGUGUGCCGCAUGAGGAACACAGCAAAGAAGCCCGAUUUUGGCAGCCCACCGGCGGUCCACAAGCUGACCAAACAGAUCCCUCUGCGCCGCCAGGUAACAGUGUCGGCAGAUUCAAGCUCAUCCAUGAAUUCAAACACCCCUCUGGUGCGAAUCACAACGUGGCGGAGCUCUGCACCCGACGAACCGAUCCCCGAGUACGACCUUCCAGAGGAUCCACUGUGGGAAUUUGCCAGAGACAGGUUGACUCUUGGCAAACCUCUGGGUGAAGGCUGCUUCGGUCAAGUUGUGAUGGCCGAAGCUCUGGGCAUCGAUAAGGACAAACCCAAGGAGGCGGUCACUGUUGCAGUGAAGAUGCUGAAAGACGAUGCCACAGAAAAGGACCUUUCUGACCUGGUGUCAGAGAUGGAAAUGAUGAAGAUGAUCGGCAAACACAAGAACAUCAUCAACCUUUUGGGAGCCUGCACACAAGACGGUCCCCUAUAUGUGAUAGUAGAGUAUGCCUCCAAAGGCAACCUCAGAGAGUACCUCAGAGCCCGCCGUCCUCCUGGCAUGGAGUACUCCUACGACAUCGCCCGUGUCUCCGAUGAACUGCUUACCUUCAAAGAUCUCGUCUCCUGCACUUAUCAGGUGGCACGGGGCAUGGAGUACCUUGCAUCUCAAAAGUGUAUACACAGAGACCUGGCAGCCAGGAACGUCCUGGUCACAGAGAGUAACGUCAUGAAGAUCGCUGACUUCGGCCUGGCCAGAGAUGUCCACAACAUUGACUACUAUAAAAAGACAACCAAUGGUCGUCUCCCGGUUAAAUGGAUGGCUCCAGAAGCGCUCUUCGACCGGGUCUACACGCACCAGAGCGAUGUCUGGUCAUUUGGGGUGCUGAUGUGGGAGAUAUUCACCCUAGGGGGCUCACCCUACCCCGGCAUUCCUGUAGAAGAGCUCUUCAAGCUGCUCAAAGAGGGACAUCGCAUGGACAAGCCUGGAAACUGCACCAAUGAGCUGUACAUGAUGAUGAAGGACUGCUGGCACGCCAUCCCAUCGCAGAGACCAACCUUCAAGCAGCUAGUGGAGGACCUGGAUCGAAUCCUCACCCUGAACACUAAUGAGGAAUAUCUGGACCUGUGUGCUCCUACGGAGCAGUAUUCCCCCAGCUUCCCUGACACUCGCAGCUCCUGCUCCUCCGGCGACGACUCUGUGUUCUCCCACGACCCCUUGCCGGACGAGCCCUGCCUCCCCAAGUACCAGCACAUCAACGGGAACGCCAAGAGAUGAGCCUCUGCCGGCUCAGACCCUGAGCCGACUUUUGGCCUGCCCCAACCUCAGAGUCGCUGAACACACGUAGCACAGACACCUUCUCUGAAACGGACCCGAUCGGGGACUAGCACUGCCACACACCAACACAGAACACUUGAGGUCUUAACGGAGGGGACGGAGCGCGUUACGGAAGCUCCUUCAUACUGACUGGAUGAACUGACAUUCCCUGAGGCCUCCUCUCCCUCUCUCAUGUAAACACGCAGCUUUUUCUCAUCUUUUGGUUCUCAUCUUCCUACCCAGAAGCUCCACAGCGCUACUUGCUUGGUGAUCAAGUAGCAGUGGGUGGCAUUCCAAGACUUGUUUACUCCUGGAGGAAUGUAUGGAGUGGUAUGAACUGAAACAUAAACAAAGGAAGAAGAAAACAUGAAACUAGAAGACGAAUAGGAAAAAGGGACUCACAUAUGGAGCACCAACUAACAAAACAGGAAUACAAGGAGAGCAGAAAUAAAAACUUUUCUUGUUAAUUUUGUAAUAUUGGUGCGUCAUUGUAUUUCCCAGUUCUCUAGAUAAACAUCCCUGAUUAUUCUGGAAAAAGAAUCCACAAUGUAAUGAAAAGUGCUGGCUAUAUUUGUAAAUAUAUUCAAAUAUGUAUAAAAAUAUAUUAUAUAUUUACUAUGAAUUAUUUUUUGUAUGGACUUGGAAACAACCCCCACCUCCACACCCUGCUCCCAUUUGUGAGGCAGGUUAUGCUGACAGAUGUCCUAUAUUUCUCCUCACACACACCCUUCGUUAAACACACACACACACACUUUCUCAGUAACACAGUUAAGUAUUGGCUUUCAGGGACUGCGCUAGUACGGUAUGUUAAUUUAUUGAGUUACAUAUUUUAAAAAAUGAAUCAAAAAAGUAAAAAAAAAAAAAACAGCAACCAGAUGGUGGAAAUGAUUACAUUAAUGCUGAUGAUAUGGAAUAAUCCGUUAAAUUUAUGGUAAUUUAAAAAUAAUCCUUCACCAAUUAACAGAAAGGUUCUAUUUUUAGAAGUUUGGAGAGAUCCAGAUUUUGUAAGUUUUAUACAUGAAUGUGAAUAUUAAGUUAAAAAAAUUUAAAAACUGUACAUUUUAUAGUCAUCUAAUCCUUUUUGUAUUUAGAUAUUGAUGCCAUUUCUAUCCUCUUUUUUUUUUGGCCGCGGUUUGCGAUAUGAAAUUCUUUGGAUAUUUAUAUAUAAGUAAAAGACAUAAUAAUUUGAAAAUGUCUACGUGCAAUCUGCUUCCUCAUUUGAAACAAAGAUAAACUCAAAAUUCCCAGGACAAAAUUGAAAUAAGAAAAGCAAAGUAUUAAACAAAGUGUUUUUUGUUUUUGUUUUCUACUGGACCAACAUUAAGAUGCUGUUUUGCAGGCAUUCAUGCUGCAUUUGCAAAAAAUAAAUGUUGAAAAUAUACCUA